UAGUUCGAGAAUCACAGUCAAACGCAGCGCAGGCGAAAAUUAACAAGUUAAUCGGUGUCAGGCCAUUAUAGAGAACGAAUAAACGAUCGACCCACAGCAAAGAUGCGCAGCUUGAAUCGCUUUCGAUUGAUAACCUUUGAUGUAACCAAUACACUAUUGCAAUUUCGCACCAGUCCAGGCAAACAAUAUGGUGAGAUUGGAGCGCUCUUUGGAGCACGCUGUGAUAACAACGAGCUGGCCAAGAACUACAAAGCCAACUGGUACAAGAUGAACCGAGACUAUCCGAAUUUUGGCCGUGAGACGUCACCGCGACUUGAGUGGCAGCAUUGGUGGCGUCAGCUGAUAGCAGGCACCUUUGCGGAAAGCGGUGCUCCCAUACCCGCGGAGAAGUUGGAAAACUUUUCCAAUCAUUUGCUGGAACUGUACAAGACAUCAAUUUGCUGGCAGCCUUGCAACGGCAGCAUCGAUCUCCUGAAGCAACUGCGCAAACAUUCGCAGACGGGCAAACCAUGUCGAGUGGGCGUCGUGGCCAACUUUGAUCCUCGACUAGAUGUGCUGCUGCGCAACACAAAACUGGAUCAGUACUUGGACUUUGCCAUCAAUUCGUACGCUGUCAAGGCGGAGAAGCCACAGGCUGUCAUAUUUGAGCGUGCCAUGUCCGAGUCGGGAUUGGAGAAUCUGAAGCCGCAGGAAUGCCUGCACAUUGGCGAUGGACCAACCACAGAUUAUUUGGGUGCCAAGGCGGUGGGAUGGCAUGCAGCCCUGGUGCAUGAGAAGAGCUAUGCGUAUCUGGAGAAGAAAUACGGCGUGGACAUUAACAGGAAACAUGUCUUUCCCAGUCUCUAUGAUUUCCAUAAGAAGCUAUCCGACGAUGCCGUCGUCUGGUAGUGAAUCUAUUAAAUUCUUUCACUUCACAA